CGCCUUUUUUGUCCUUGUUCUUUAUUUUUGACUCCGGCUUAUAACGACUUCUCUGCCUCCUUUCUGUCCCAAAGUGCUCUUGAGCCUGUGGCUUGCCAGCCUGCUUCUCGCGCGCCGUAUACUCUUGGGAAAGUAAUCGACACCGCUUUCCAAUGUCGCAGUGCUAGGGAUCUCUCUUAUCUUUCUCAAGACGUCUGCAGAGCUUCGGCUCGUCGUCGAAGUUCUUGAAGCUCGGGACCUGGGAUAGGGUGUAGAAAAGGGUAAGGGUUGGCUUGGAAAACGUACUCGCAAGGACCCUGCAGUCGUUGACCUCUUUGGUUCCAGCUCUCUGCCGUCUACAUCUUCUUCCUCGACCCAGCUCCACCUACUCUGCACCAUGCCGUCCUUCUACUCUGCUGCCAUGAACAAUGGCUUCCCACCAACUCCUCCCCACGUCCAUCUCGGUAAUCGAAUGGAGGUUGAUCAGGCUUACUAUCCUCCUGGUCACCCAGCCUAUCCUGUGAGAUAUGCAAACGGCUGCGACUGCACCGACCAGUACCCGUCGUCGACGGGGUACUGCCAGCGCCAUCCGCUGUCAAUACACCAGCAGUCGUUGCGUUCCACUCGUGCCAAUCGAGAAAUGAAGGCAGCCAACACUAUGCUAUCUCGACAGACCAUGUACCCGUCCAUGAAUGCUGGUUCAAAUCUUCCUCCCCUGAGAUCGAACACGACGCUUCCCCCCAUGGACAGCGCCGUCCCACCUCAGUACAGACGUCGCGAACCAUCGGCUCAGUCAGACCAGAGACCCAAGGAGCAAAAGUCAACUGGCGGAGUUGCAGCACAUUUGGAUUACGAUAUGGAUCAAAUGACAGAUUUUGUGGCAGAAAUGGCCCAGGGAAUCGUUUACCCAGGGACGACAGUAUCGCGACAGUUUAGGAAAUACGUCUAUCAGAUUCUUUCGUCGACCCGUUUACCUAGCUCCACUAUCCUUUUAGGCCUGUACUAUCUCUCCUCAAGAAUGCGGAUGCUCUCUACGGGGGAAGUAUAUGCAUCCGGGACCGGAGAAGUUUAUCGCAUGCUCACGAUCGGUUUAUUACUUGGCAGCAAGUUCCUCGAUGAUAACACAUUUCAGAAUCGAUCGUGGUCGGAGGUCAGCAACAUCCCUGUUUCGGACUUAAAUUCAAUGGAGUUGGACUGGUUGUUUGCAUUUGAUUGGAAGAUCCAUAAUCGCAUCCACAGUCAGAAUGAUGGAUUUUUGACUUGGAAGGCACACUGGGAUACCUGGCGUGCAAAGUCCGAUGCUCGAGUCUAUCACGAGUCUCGCACGAAGUUGGCUCCGAUUGACACGAGCAUCCAGCGACACAGUUCGAUCCCCAAGCCUCUGCUAUCCCCAGAGGGACCGAUUCCACCACAGUACCAGAGAGGCGGGUGGUUGACGCCAAUGAGCUCGGACUAUUCACCGCCAUCUGCACCUCACACUGGCCCCACCACGCCGGAUUACUACCAAGCCGCCCCAUGGCCAUUUAAUAAUCCGGCUCCAUUUUCACGAACUUGGGUCCUUCCUCAGCAAUUUGUUACGUCUCGCUCUCAGCCGCCAUCGUAUCGGCCAACCCCAUCUUAUGUUCAAGGAUUUUCCCCAACGGCAUGGACUGGCCAUGGCAGUGCGUGUGGUUGUUUGUACUGUGCCAAGAGCCAGGAGCAUUAUCUCCCAGCAAUGCCGUUUGGUGUCCAGCCGGUGGCAGGAUGA